AUGUCGCAGACACUCACACUGUACCCAGUCACGGCGUUCACGUUCACAACCAAGGAAGCGCAACCCGAGGAAGAUCCGUCCGUCGCAGCUCGAUUGCAGCGACUGCAGAACAACUAUGAAGAUUUGGGAAUGAGGAGGACCGUCGAGUCGGUGCUGGUGGUGCACGAGCACGGACAUCCACACGUGCUCAUGCUUCAGAUUGCGAAUGCGUUCUUCAAGCUCCCUGGAGACUACCUCAAACCGGGCGAGGAUGAGGUGGAAGGACUGAAGGCAAGAUUGGACGAGAGGCUAGGUCCCGUAGAAAGCGAUCCCAACUCGUUUGGCCCCAACGGUGAAGGUCGCAACAAGGACGAUGGAGAUUGGGAGAUCCAAGACUGUCUCGCUCAGUGGUGGAGACCAAACUUCGAGACGUUUAUGUAUCCUUACGCACCACCACACGUCACCAAACCGAAAGAGUGCAAGAAGCUCUUCCUUGUCACCAUCCCUCCCACCAAAGUGCUCGCAGUACCCAAAAACAUGAAGCUGCUUGCAGUGCCCCUCUUUGAGCUUUACGACAACUCGCAACGCUACGGUCCCCAACUCGCCGCCAUUCCACACCUCCUCUCGAGGUACAACUUCAUCUAUUCUGAUUGA